CAAAAUGAAUGUGAGCCAAAACGAAGUCACAGACCAGGAGAUGCAGCGGAUGUUCCCCUCCAUCCAGCGAGGUGGACACUGGUCACCCACAGACUGCAGACCCACGCACAAACUGGCCAUACUCAUCCCAUUCCGCGGACGACACGCACAUCUGCACGUGCUGCUGCCUAACCUCAUACCCAUGUUGAUGAGGCAACGGCUGGACUUUACCAUCUUUGUUAUAGAGCAGGUAACACGUGCUAGCAGGCUGAUCUACGAUUGGUUGCUUGGCGGGGUCAUUGGAUUCACCAAAGGUCAAUACGAGAUGGUAAACGGUUACUCCAACCUGUACUUUGGCUGGGGUGGAGAGGAUGACGACAUGUAUGAUCGGUGAGUGAAUGGGGAAAGGGGAGGGGAUGGGAAGGAG